AUGCCAUACCGAGCGCAGAUCAGAUUCGUAUCACAACAUCCUUGAAAAGCCAGAAAGGGUCAGUGUGGACAAAAAGCAAGUCAACGUUUGAGCACUGGGAGGUCGAGGUGACCUUCCGCGUCACGGGGCGAGGCCGCAUUGGAGCCGAUGGACUGGCAAUCUGGUUCACAGAAGAGCAAGGCCUGGAAGGUCCUGUUUUUGGGGCAGCUGACAAAUGGAACGGCGUUGGAAUUUUCUUUGAUUCCUUUGACAAUGAUGGAAAGAAAAACAACCCUGGAGUGAUAGUUGUAGGCAACAAUGGAAACCUCCUGUAUGACCAUCAGAAUGAUGGUUCCACUCAAGCAUUGGCAUCCUGUCAGAGGGACUUCCGUAACAAGCCCUACCCUGUUCGAGUCAAGAUAACAUACUACCAAAAAGCCCUGACUGUGUUAAUAAACAAUGGCUUUACUCCGGAUAAAGAUGACUAUGAACUUUGUGCUAAAGUGGAGGAUAUGACAUUGCCAUCCCAAGGGUAUUUUGGAAUAUCUGCAGCAACAGGGGGACUUGCAGAUGAUCAUGAUGUCCUGUCAUUUCUGACCUUCCAGUUGACUGAGCCUGGCAAGGAAGUACCAACACCAGAUGCAGAAAUCCCUCAGAAAGAUAAAGAGAAGUAUCAAGAAGAGUUUGAACACUUUCAACAAGAAUUGGAUAAAAAGAAGGAAGAAUUCCAAAAGGAACAUCCUGACGUACAAGGACAGCCAGCUGAGGAUAUGUUUGAAACUGUAAGUGAUCGUGAACUGAGGCAAAUCUUUGAGGGGCAGAAUCGAAUUCAUCUUGAAAUCAAACAGCUUAAUAGGCAAUUGGACAUGGUUCUGGAUGAGCAGAGGAGAUACGUGUCUGCAGUCACAGAGGAGAUUGCUAAAAGAGGAGCUGUUGUUCCAGGCCAGCAAGGACAGGUCUCCCAGCAAGAGAUUGAAACAGUUGUGAGAACCCAAGAAGAGGUCAUUAGACAAGUAAAGGAAAUAAGGAAUUCCGUGGCUGAUAGCCUGAGGUCGAUCAGUGGGGCUCAACAUCCUGGCCCUGCUGCAGGCACCUAUGAGACAGCUCAGCACUUCAACGACAUCAAAGAGCACCUUCAUCUGGUCAAGAGGGACAUUGAGCACUUAGCACAACGAAAUGUGCCAUCUAGUGAGAAAUCCAAGUGUCCGGAGCUGCCUCCAUUUCCAUCAUGCUUAUCUACACUGCAUUUCUUCAUAUUUGUGGCAGUGCAAACAGUGUUAUUCAUUGGGUAUAUCGUGUAUAGGAGCCAACAAGAAGCAGCAGCGAAAAAGUUCUUUUGAUGACCUGUUCCUUUUGUGUGUACAUAACAGCAGUAUGUAUGCACAGAAUAUCCUACUCUUCUGUAAAUGAGGGAAAUUUAGUGUUCAAUAUACUUCAAUACUGUAAAUUAUUGAAUUUUGUUAAACAGAAUGAGUUCUCAUUUAAACAGUUGAUGCUGAAGCUAAAAAUAGGCUGGGAAGCAGUGGAGCAAAUGCUAGA